AUGGCUGACGCUCUCCGGGUGUUGCAGGAACUUGAUCGUCUCUACACUCAGGCUGCUAGACCAAGGAUUGACCGCCGCGACGUUGCGGAAGGGGACCGUGUCGACCCAGACUUGUUAGAUCGGGCGGUGCGGCUCCUUCAAUUGCAGAAACUAGACCGCAUUUACUCCUACCACACGCGACCAAGGUUCGGAAAACGUUCUGAGGCCUACUCGAACUGGGCUAAGGAUCUUGAAAAGCCGGACAUACCCGCUUGGUUGGCAUACGCCCGGAGA